UUGGCGGCAGACGCUCGGGCCUAUGACGAAGUUCGCGAUGCCGAACUUCACGAACUGCCAAACGUCGGUCGGGUCGUCGCGUCAACCAUUGCACAAGAUCCUUCCCUCAUACCGCGACAAUGGCACCAUCCAGGGCUAUUCUUCUUCGCCGCAUAGCCUCCGCAGCCCCAGCGCCAUGCUUACGACCGACUUCGCGUCUCCUCACAACGUCUACCUCUGCACUAUCUAGAACACAACAACCGUCAGUCUUGCGAUCGAGCCUAUCACGACAGUCACAUUUGCCCACGCUAUGCACGCGAUCAUAUUCGCAGUCAGCCAGCGCAGCGCCUGAAGCACCGGAUUACCUCAACGAGGCAGAAUUACACGUCUUCAACAAGAUCAAAGCGGAAUUGGAGCCCGUGAAGCUGGAGGUACAAGAUAUCAGCGGCGGCUGCGGGUCCAUGUAUGCCAUCCAGAUCCAGUCCCCCAAGUUCAAAGGCUUGACGGUCAUCAAGCAACACAAGAUGGUCAACGAAGUGCUGAAAGACGAAAUCAAGAGCUGGCAUGGUGUACAGCUUAGGACGAAGGCUGCUUAAUCGCGGCUCGAAUACGAAUUGUACAUAUGUUGUACGACUAACGUAUACCUGAUA